AUGUCACCCAUUUUGACCCUCAAAGAUGUCUCUCAACACCGAAAGAAAGACGACAUAUGGCUUGCCAUUCAUGGCAAAGUAUACGAUGUGACUGGAUUCAUAGACGAGCACCCCGGUGGUGAAGAGGUCCUUGCUGAUUCAGCAGGAACCGACGCGAGUGGUGGAUUCGACGACGUUGAACAUAGCGAUGAAGCAAUGAACAUUAUUAAGACCUUGCAGAUCGGGGUGCUUGAAGAAGAGGUGAUAUCAUAUCCCAUCCAGGUUAAACCGCAGGUCGCUAAUGCAGUCGCCUUGACAUAUUGA